AUGGCAGCAGCGAAACCAAUGUACCAACCUGGCGGCUACGACAAUUCGUACCCGCCGUAUCCAGAGACGUCGAAUUAUUACGCAGGGCCAUCGAACAACUACCCAGAGCCGUCGAACAGUUACCCCGAACCGUCCCACUAUGUCGGCCAACAGUCGCAACAAGAACAACUUCCUCCGGCCGAGAAGCAGGGCAAGGCGCAGAAGUUCAACCGAAUCAUGAACAAAAUGAGCAAGCCGCUCAACAAGGCCGCCACGAAGAUGGGUUGUGAAGCAUUCAACCCACAAGAGCUGGACUUGGAGAUGGAGAAAUGCGCCCGCAUCCUCCGCAGCUUCUGCAUCGACGGCUUCAUGGCCCCCGAUCCCAACAAUCCCAACGACCCCAACGCCGACAAGAACUCAACCACCUCAUCCGCCUCCUCCAAAAAGAAGGGCCCCCACGGCCGCGAACGCAAAGCCCUCUACAAGAUCCCACCCAAAGCCAUCCAAAACUGCAAAGGCCUCGCCAUCUUCACAUGCAUGCGCUUCGGCCUGCACAUCGGCGGCGGUAACGGCUGCGGCGUCCUCAUCAGACAUCUCCCGGACGGAUCGUGGUCUGCACCAUCAGGGAUCCACAUGGCCAGCAUGACCGGCGGGCUGGUCGCCGGCCUGGACGUCUACGACUGUGUAGCCGUCAUCAACACAGACAAAGGCAUGGAAGGCUUCACGCGCGUGCGCGGAACCAUCGGCGGCGAAGUCGCCGCAACAGUAGGCCCACUCGGCGCGGGUGCCGUCGGCGACCUGGAAGUCAGCAAGAGGGUCAGUCCCGUGUGGACGUACACCAAGAACCGCGGCCUGUACGUCGGCGCGCACAUCGACGGCACCAUCUUCAUCGAGCGGACGAACGAGAACCCGCGGUUCUAUGGCAAGCCGGGCAUACGGCAUGCGGAGAUUCUGAGUGGGGAGAUCAUCGCCCCGCAGUGCUGUAAUGUGUUGUAUCAGACGCUGAAUGCGAUUGAGGGGAAGAUGUAUAACCCGGCGGAUCUGCCACCGCCGUAUGAGGCUGCUGUGAAGAACUGA